AAACUUUACUUGGUCACUUUUUCCUCAUCGAUUGACAAAUUUCACUGCAAUUUCAUUAACAUGAAGUUCGUGCUAGUUGUAGCCUUGGGCGUUGCUUUGGUAGCUUCAUGCCCACACGGAGAUGAAGAAGCCAAAGCUGGGAAGCGUCUCAUUAAAACGACCUUCGAAGGUCCCGGUCAGUGGAUGGACGAGGACGAAAUUUGGGGGUUGAUUUCGAAGCAUCAAAACUUUAUGGAUAUCACGGACCACAAUUUCCCAGAUAUUAAAGAGGGAGAUGUCAAUGUCCAAGCAAUUCCAACCACUCUUCGAUUCCAAUCUACCGUAAACGGCCUUCUUGGAAGAACUAGCAUUACCCGGAUGCAAGAUUUUAUCAGGACCUUCAGCAGCUACCAUAACAGGUACUACCAAGCCCAAACCGGAAUUGAUUCCCAGCGAUGGCUUUUCGCCCAAGUUCAGGAAAGCAUUGCAAACUACGCGGGAUCUGCCACCGUCAAUGAGGUGACGCACACAUUCGGACCCCAAAGCAGUAUCGUUGCCCGGCUUACUGGCUCCGACCCCACUCUUAGGAGCGAAAUUGUCAUCAUUGGAGCUCAUCAAGACUCAAUAAAUAUUGCUGGUUCCUCGCUCGGUGCCCCAGGUGCCGAUGAUAACGCGAGUGGUUCUGUUGUCGUGCUGGAAACCCUUCGCGUUCUUGUUGAAAGCGGAUAUAUUCCAAAGAGGACGAUUGAGUUUCAUUGGUAUGCCGCGGAAGAGGUUGGUCUCCGUGGAUCUGCAGCUAUUGCCUCGAGUUACAGCACCAACAGGGUCAACGUCGUGGGGAUGGUGAACUUUGACGUCCCGGGAUACUAUGUCUCAGGGAGGGACGAAAUUGGAAUCUACACUGACAACGUCAACGCUCAAGUGACUGCAUUCCUCCGACUUUUAGUUGAUGGCUACUGCACUUACACCUGGGUCAAUAAGACUUGCGGAUAUGGGUGCUCGGAUCACGCGUCAUGGACCAGUUACGGAUUCCCAGCAGGGUUCCCUGCAGAGGUCGUCUUCCACCCCAGGAUGCAUUCGGUUGGUGAUAACUUUGCAUCCGUGGGAUUCACCCAGGUUAACGAAUAUGUCAAAUUGUCGCUGGGAUUCGUUGUGGAAAUGUCGGAACCUGGGACUCUUUAAUUGAAUAAUAAAAUCUUAUGAUUGUAUAUAAUAUAUUCUGAAUAAAAUUUCAUAAUUUAAAGUUAUGUUUGCGUUAAUAAAACAGAAACCGGAAGUCCAGCUUUAA